AUGACGAGAACGCCUGUCCUGCGGGCGUCUCACGAUUUUCGCGCCAUUCAUUUCCUGGCCUUUGGGGAACUACCGGUUUUGGCGACAGCGACACUUCCGUCGCGGCUUCAGUUGAUCGCGGAACUGCAACAUAUUGAAUUUUGUGAACCAAGAAAAACUGCUGAUGACGCCGAAGAGUCUGAUUUCUGCAUGGCAGAUCGCCACAUUGAGCCCGACAGAUGCUUCGAAUGCGAGCGGUUGAGACGUUAUGCUGGCCCAGAGCAACGCGUGGUGCUCAACGGCUCCUCGACCCGUCAUCACAUCGUCAGCAGUGACGAGGCCGGCGCCAACUCUCGACAGCAAGGAACGUCGUCAUUGCGUCGAAACGCGUCAGCGACAGGAUCGAAGAACAAACCCGUGCAGCGAGUCGUUUUCCACCUCCAGCAGUCCAGUCCCCAAAGCCCAACUACAAAACCCGAAUUCCCCGACGAAUUUAGUCUUUCAUUCGUAUCUGUGUGGGAAUCUCGGAAAACCUUGGUUCCCACAGAUGGUCAGCAGCCUCCAAGGGCGUCUCACGAUUUUCGCGCCAUUCAUUUCCUGGCCUUUGGGGAACUACCGGUUUUGGCGACAGCGACACUUCCGUCGCGGCUUCAGUUGAUCGCGGAACUGCAACAUAUUGAAUUUUGUGAACCAAGAAAAACUGCUGAUGACGCCGAAGAGUCUGAUUUCUGCAUGGCAGAUCGCCACAUUGAGCCCGACAGAUGCUUCGAAUGCGAGCAGUUGAGACGUUAUGCUGGCCCAGAGCAACGCGUGGUGCUCAACGGCUCCUCGACCCGUCAUCACAUCGUCAGCAGUGACGAGGCCGGCGCCAACUCUCGACAGCAAGGAACG